AUUUCAUAUAACAUCCCUCUAAUGGUAAUGUAAAUAUAAUAAUUUUGAGUUAUCAACCAAAUAGAGUGUUUGUACAUCUAAUGUUUUAUCGAAGCGAUAGAAAAUGACAAAAAGUUAUUUUAAAGGAGAUUUGUCAUAAUCUGACAUGAUAGUUUUGACAGAGUCUGAAUUAUAGAGAAUAAAGGUUUAUAUAAAAAUGAAAAUAGAAUCUAUCAGUUAUAACAACAAAGGAGGAAUAAUUAUAGCAUAAAAAGUUAUUGGAAGAAUAGAAAGAGAAAUAAUUAGCAGAAGCUUAAGCAAAAAAACAAAGGAUGUUAUAGAUUGAAGAAGAGAAGAAAAAAUCGGUUCCAUUAAGUUAAUAAGAGUAAGAGGAUAAAUUCGCUAAAGAUUCAUUAAUAUCAAGGGUUUUAUAAAAUAAAUGAUAUUAGGCUAAAGAGAUUAUUAAUGAAUAGAUAGAUGAUGUAAAAGAGAUGAAUAAAAUGGUAAUGUAUGCAAAAUGUGUGACAAUUAGAGAUAAAUAAUUGUUAGAAAAAAAAGAGUUAAAUGAAUAAUAUAAAAUGUAGGAAAAGCGUAAAGAUCUAAUGAUGGAAAUAGAGAGACUUAGAGCAAUUAAAUAUCAUGAAGAAAAGGAUUUAAAAUAAAAAUAAUAAUUAAAACAUGGACAUGAAAUUAUAAUAGAAUAAAUUAAAGAAAGAGAAUUAAUAAGACUAAAAGAAAAAGAAGAAUAAGAAAGAGAAGGAUAAGUUAUGCUUAAAUAAAUCAAAUAAUUAUAAUAAGAAGAAGCAUAAAAAACAUAAUAAAAAAAAGUUCAUCAAGCUAAAAUUUAAGAUGAAAUUUAAGAAACUAAUCAUAAGGCAAUUUUAAUUAAAGAAAAAAGAAUUUAAGAAGAAAGAGAUGAAGAAGAUAAAAUAUUAUAAUAUAACUUAUAAAAGGCUCAAAAAGAAGCUGAACUUUUAUAAGAAUAAAAGAGAAUUAAAGAAGAAAAAGAAAGAGAAGUCUAAAGAUUAAGAGAAAUGUAAGAAAAGGCAUAAGAUAGAGCAGCUGAAUUGGAUCUUUUAAGAGCUAAAAGAUAAAUGGAAUAAAAUGAAAGAUAAGCUAGAGAAAAAGAGAGAAAAGAAUUAGAAUUGAAAAUGAAAUUAAAUAAUGAUGUUAUGGAAGCAAGAAAAUUGUAAUAAAAAGAAAAAAUGGAAAGAUAUUAGGAAUAAGUAUAUUCUAUAUCAUAAUAUAUAUAGGCUAAAUUAGAAAGAGAUGAAUUUCAGAGGGUCAUCUAAAAACAAAAAUAAGAAAGAGAAAAUGAGAUCAAAAUAUUAUUAGAAAAAGAAGCAUUAAGAAAAAAACAUGCAGAAGAACUUCGAAAAUAAAUAAUUUAAAAUGAAGAAAAAAAAAAAUAGGAAGAAAGAGAUAUGUAUUUUCUUAUAUUAAAUUGAAGACUUGAAGAAGGAAAAAAGAUUAAGGAUAAAUUAAAUUAAGAAAGAAGACUUUUAGAGAGUAUUAAAGAUACUAAGCUCAAAGAUCUUAAUGAGAAAGCUAUUCCCGAUAAAUAUAAAGCUGAAUUGGCUAAAAAGAAGAUUGUUAUUAAUGUUUGA